ACGAGAGAGGCAGAGACGAGAGAAAGAAAAGGAAGAACACAGAGGGAGAAGAAGAGAGAAAGUGAGAAAAUGACAGAACAUCUGUGGAAAAACAGGGAAACACACAGCUGUAGCCGAUUAAGAUGGUAGCUGCCAGCCAGAGAGAGAGGAAGAGUGAGAGCUUGCUGUUGCUGCUGCUGCUGCUGCUGUUGCCUACUCCUUGUGUGUUUCAGCCCCAGUGAAGCCUGCGCUUGGAAGGACAUUCUGAUCACACACAGGCAUUUACCUGUCAGUGUGGUGUAGUAAGAGUGGGAUGAGAUCCCCCCUCCCUCCACCCUCCCUACCGGCGUGGUCUCCCUGGCGAUGAAUAAUGCAGCAGGGAUGGGUGGAGGCCACUGAGCGUGUGCGAGGAGGAGGGAUCCCUCCCCCUCAGCCUCAGCCCCCUAGCUUGCUGUUGCUGCUGCUGCUGUUGCCUACUACAGAACGUCAGUGGCAGAGAGGAGAGGAGAGAGGAGAGGCAGGACAGAGGAGAGGAUGGUGUGUUAAGAGAGAGUGAUAGAGAGCAAGAGCAAGAGGGGUGGGGUGCCGGACGGACGGACGGACGGAUGAACAUGCCCAGAGGGGAGAGUGUGGUCUUCCUGCAAUGACAGCCAUGCUGAGUCCCAAGAUUAGACAGACCAGGAGAGCCCGGUCCAAGAGCAUGGUGAUGGGAGAUGUGUCCCGGGGCCCAAUCCGCCCGUCCUCCCCCAGUCUCCAGGAGGGGGCUCUGAAAGCUGGCUGGCUGAAGAAACAGAGGAGCAUCAUGAAGAACUGGCAGCUGAGAUGGUUUGUCCUGCGCUCCGACCAGCUUUUCUUCUACAAAGAGGAGGAGGAGACCAAGCCACAGGGCUGCAUACCCCUGCAGGGCUGUCAGGUGAAUGAGCUCACCGCCAACUCAGAGGAACCAGGGAGACAUCUUUUUGAAAUCGUUCCAGGUGGUCCAGGAGGAGAAAAGGACCGUGCUGCACUCAGUCAUGAGGCCUUUCUGCUCAUGGCCAACUCUCAGAGUGACAUGGAUGACUGGGUCAAGGCCAUAAGACGGGUCAUCUGGGCACCCUUUGGAGGAGGUAUAUUUGGCCAGCAUUUAGAAGACACAGUCCAGUAUGAGAAGAAAUUUGGGCAGCGCCUGGCACCUCUUCUGGUGGAGCAGUGUGUGGACUUCAUAAGGGAACGCGGUCUGGAUGAGGAGGGCCUCUUUCGGAUGCCAGGGCAGGCUAACCUGGUAAAGGAUCUACAGGAAGCCUUUGACUGUGGGGAUAAGCCUCUGUUUGACAGUAACACUGACGUCCACACGGUGGCAUCCCUGCUGAAGCUCUACCUCCGUGAACUGCCUGAGCCUGUGGUCCCUUUCUCCAAGUAUGAGGACUUCCUCUCCUGUGCUCAGCUGCUGGCCAAAGACGUGGAGGAGGGUGUACAGGAGCUGGGCAAGCAAGUGAGCAAUCUUCCUCCCGCCAACUACAAUCUCCUGAAGUAUAUAUGCAUGUUUCUUGACGAGGUCCAGUCUCACGCAAACAAAAACAAGAUGAGUGUACAGAACCUGGCCACAGUAUUUGGACCAAAUAUCCUCCGACCCAAAAUGGAGGACCCAGUGGCUAUUAUGGAAGGGACCUCCCUAGUCCAAAGCCUCAUGACCGUAAUGAUCAGUGAACAUAACCGUCUGUACUCGGGGAGGGGGGAGCUGGAGGUCCUUGUUCCCCAGCCAGAGGUGACCCUCCAGGGCCAACGGCUCCAGCAGCACAGCAUCGGUGGCUGGAUCUCUGAGGAGGACCUCCAGAACUGCCCCACCAACCCCAACGAGGACCUAGCCUGCAGCAGCGCCUCUUCUCUGGACGCAAAGCUCUGUGCUGCCACCACCCCUCCACCUAGACUAGCUCCUUCAGGGAAGGGGGAGACGGUGGUCAGCCCCAGCAAGCAGACCAAGAACCUUCCCUCCUGGAAGUACUCCUUCAAGGGCACCUCAACGCCACGGCCCCCUCCUCAGGCCGACGUCACCACCGUGUCCCCCAGUGGCAACUGGCUGAUGAACGGGCUGUCCUCUCUGAGGAGCCACAGGCGCACCUCCUCGGGGGAGCGUGUCAGGGACUCCACCGGCUUUUCCCAGAGACUGUCCACCUACGACAACGUCACGUCUUCCUCCAGCAUGGGCAGUGGCCCUAGUGUAGCCAGCACACCUUGGUCUACCUCCUCCUGUGACAUCUCCGCAUCCGACUCAGGCAGCGAACCCUCAGGGCCUAACUGUGGUAAUGGGAAGGGUCUAGAGGAGUGCCAAUGGCAGGAGCUAGCCUCACCCCAGGGCCCGGGCCAGGGUCAGAGGGGAGGCCGGGUGGAGGAGAGAGUUGGAGAUAGGGUCUCAGAGCAAGAGCAGGACAGUAGUGAAGCCAUGGAGCUCUGUGUUAGCAGUGCAGGCUGCAGUGACAACAGGAACACCAUAGCCAAUAUGGUGGUGCCGUCCAUCGUGACGCCAGAAGACCUUGAUGGAGGCUCCAAAGCACUUACCAGCCUGGUGGAGGGUCUGAAGGAUGAGCUGAGGAAACAGAAGGUGGCCUACGAGACCAGGAUCAAAAAGCUGGAGGAGUCCAGUGCGGUGCUGUGUGCUCAGAUGGAGCGUCUGGAGCAGGAGAUGGAGCAGGAGAGAAAAAAGCAGCGGAUGCUGGAGAUCAAGCUCCGCAACUCAGAGCGAGCCCGUCACGACGCAGAGAACAGGAACCGGCUCCUGGAGAAGGAAAUGGAGGACUUCUUCUCCACUCUGGGGGACCUGGCUCUGGGAGCAAGGACUAGUGACAUUUAAUAGCCCUGGUCAUAGACCUCUAUAGUCUCUUCCCACAGCCGAGUGCCAUGAGUCUGGCAAGCAAGACUGACAACUACAUGGACUCAGUGAAUAAUACUGCAUGUUGUCCAACGCAGGCAGCUGCGUCUCUCAAUGUUUCCUCAGGCCUCAAAGUGUGCCUAUGACUACCACGAGUAUCUAUCUGGAUGGAAUUCCGUGUCGUUUGGUGACAAAGCCUCGGUCCUUGGUUUACUCUGGUCAACUCUGUCAUUAUACUUUUAAUGUAAAGCAAAGGGUUUCAACUUCUAUCAUUAUGACUAUACAAUAAUCCCUGCUGUGUUAAUCAUAUGCUGCCUACAACAGUACACAAUAUGCAAAUACAACAUUACCAAAGCUGGACUCUGCUAAGGACCAGGGUUGAAGCCGCCAUAUUGGUUUGGGGCACAUGAAGCUGACUACUGCCCUCAAAGGAACAAUGAAGAAGUGUGCUGGCUGUGCCUUUGCAGACUUUUUGAUUUCGAUAAAAGAAAAUGUUGCGUGCUUGUCCAGAGGUGUAGUUAGUCAAUUACUGUCAAUAAUACUCACAUGGUACAUGUAUUGCUUAACUUUAUCACUACUCCAAAUUUGUUGAAGAGUCACAUGACAUCCUCAGUCACUUGCCGUAAAAUGACAAUCGCGGAGGUGCAUAAAGGCCCCCAUGUACUUGCCGCAAAUACCUCGUUUGAUAAGUUCGCUGUAUUGCUCUCCUGUACUCCAGUGUUGUCGUUAGGACAGUAUACAUGAUCCCAAUUCUAGCUCCAAGACGCCGGCGAUUUAAAAACAAAGUAUAAUGUUCUGAUUUAUUGGCGUGUUGAACCAUGUCGCAGGCUGUAAUUUAAUAAUCCAGUAUAUAGUGGUAAAACAAUGAAGUCAAACCUGAAUUCUGACAUCUUUAUGCACCGCCAUUAAUUGAACAUUUUGAAAAAAUGGUGUAUACUUUAGUGAAUGUAACUGUGUUGUUGAUCAAGCCAGCCCUGUAAAUUGAGCCUAAACUAAUUCUUAAAACAUUGAUAUAGAUUUGAAUGGAUAACAAUUAUAUACAUUUCCCAGAACAUUCUCAUGUGAGCGUUGCAUGUGGUGAAAGUGUUGAUAGAAUCCCCUUUUUCAGCAAAUGAUUACUGCUACUGCAUAGAAAUGUCUUGAGGCUUGAACACGAAACAUGAUUUGGUUCUUGAAGACCACUAUAAGCAGUAUAAUAAUGUGCAUUCAUUAAGGUAAUGUGACUAUUUUUUGUUUUGUUUUUACAUUUUAUACAGACCCUUUUCAUAUGCUGUUCAUAUGCUACUGUUUACAAGGUGGUGUUUUGAAAGACGACCGUUAUAGACAAGCGUCUAGUGUUCGCCCUGUUGAUGAUUGCAGUUGAAAUGUGUAUCUCUUAAAACAAACUUAGGCUGAAUGUUUCUUGUGUCUUUGAUUAAGAUUUAAGUUGCUUAUUUAUUAUGAAUCUACACACUUGUAAUGAAUGGCAUUAUGGCAAUCUAAGUAAAUAAAGAUGACAGGUGUCAUUUCGUGACUGAUACCUUA